AUGAUCGUGAGUCCUGGUACGCCAGAUUCCCCUCAAGUCAAUGUCCUUACCCCCCCCCCCCCCUCCGUGAGCGAACAAAAAAAUUUUGUUCGCUCACGGAGGGGGGUUAAUUUUUUUUUUUAAAAACAAUUUAUAUAUAAAUUUUAUAAAAAAUAUUUUUUUCGAAAUUUAAAAAAAAUCCUAAUUUGCAAAAAUUGGGAAGCAAAUAUUAAUUUAAUUUGCAAAAUUUAUGUUUUAAAACGCAAUUUGUUUAAAAUUAAACAGAAUUAGCUCUAGAUUUCAUUAUACUAAUCAUCACUUAUAUAUCAAAAAUUUUUUUCCAUUAAAAUUUUUUCUAUUAAAAAAAUUUUUGUUCACUCACGGAGGGUGGGUUUUUGGUCAAAAAAUGGCGAUUUUUCUAAUGGUUUUGUUCGCUCACGGAGGGGGGGGGGGGAGUUAGAAGAAUUGAGUUUGGUGUGCUAUUUUUCUUCUUGGCAUGAAUUGUUUUCAACCUUUUAGUUGACGGCUGGAACUUAUCUACAAGAGUCGCAGCAGGCGCUAAAAUUGCAGGUCUCAAACCAAGCCCUUAUUCAGACAGUGGCUAUGUUGAUUUAAAUGAUGGGCAAUUAUCCUCAUUCCUAAAUAAUCUCCCAGCUCUCCUGAUUUUUGCUUUCUUAUUUGUGUUUGGGCGCAAAUUGCUUAAAUAUCAAAGACCAGAUAUACAAAGCCAACUGAUUUAUUAUUUGAUCAUAGGAGUGGGCAUGAACUUAUACUUGCAUGGCCCAGGAAUCAUAUUUUUGUUAUUCGAGCUUCUAUUUAAUUACUUUUUAGCCUAUUAUUAUGCUGGCAAAAAAGGGUUCCCUGUCAUAGCCUGGACUUUCAAUUUUUCGUAUUUAGUGCUUGCUGAAUAUUAUCAUGGCUUUAAAUUUUCAUGGGUUUUUCCUCCUUUAUCAUUUUUAGAUGAAAUUCCUGUAGAAAUGAACUGGGCUGGAGUAAACAAAAUGUGCAUGCUGAAAGCUUUGAGUUUUGUGUUGGAUUAUCACUGGGCACUUUCAAAAGAAGACUAUUUGUCUUUAGAUAAGCAUAAAAUUGACUGCACAGAAUGCAGUAAUAUCAAUGUGUGCUACACUUAUAGAAUGAGGGCACACGCAAAUCAUUAUACACUUCUAGCAUAUUCUGCAUAUUUCUUUUACCCGCCGCUUUAUUUAGCUGGGCCUACUACAAGCUAUAAUGCAUGGAUAUCGCAAGUGCAAAGCCCACAAAGAAGCUAUGAUACCGUAAUCGUUUUUAAGAUCAUUGAGAAGUCCAUUGUCAGAUAGCCGAAGCCCUAUUCCCUUCAGUAACUCCCGACUGCUACCACUUGUUCGCAAGUCUGCACAAGAGCUUGCGCUAAUUUGCUACCUCUUUAUGAGGGUCUGCACUUGCUAUCUGGAAUUAGGAAAACUUAUGUCACAUUGCCGCGUCAAUAUUUUUACAUUCCGUAGAAAAUAUUAGGUCAUUUUUUCUAAUCAGCUGUCGGCCAAAAUGGAAGCCCUAAGCCCAGUCCUGGUAUCAUGCUGGAUAAAUAUCCCGAUUGGCCUCGAAACUACCUCUGCUAGUACUAGGAGAACCCUUUUCAACUUUGUGUCCCAUUUUCCUUUGAGGAAAAAUCCUGAAUCAGAAUUGAGCGCUUGUUGACAAGCUCGCGGGAGUUAAGGCGUCGGACAGAUUCACCACACCAUUUUAUUGUAUUUAAAAACUAUGAUAGCGUUUAUUAAACUUAUAGAGAAGCUCGCUGUAAAUUGCCGAAGGACUAAUCCAACGGGAACGGUCCCUUCGCCUAUUUGAGGUUCGUGCACGACAUCACAAAGGCUGCUUCUUUCGGAGCAAGGGCUUGUACUUUCUCCAGAUAGUCGGUGACUAACAUCCCCAUGCUGUACGCCAGCAAAGGAUAAAAUUCAAAAGGCUUGAAUUUUUGGAUCGACUCUUAGUUAAUUUGGAAUUUUGAAGUCCAGGACUUAAUUCCUGUUUCAAGCUGGGAAAUAGUUCUGAUUUACAAGGCCAUUGGCUACUUGUGAUACCGGAAGAUCCCUUUUCAACUCUCGGCUCCAUCCACUCUGAGGCAAAACCUUCAUCUGGAAUAGAACUUGCGAUAAGUUAAUCUCAGCAUUGCACUCUACCAAACAAAUAAAACCCCGCCAAUAUAUGUCCCGAACACCAACUCCUUACGCAUUGUCCACCGGCCGAUACAAGAGCGAAACCAGUUGCACGUGUCAAGAGGGUAGGAUGGGCUGCCACGCGAUUUUAAUGUAUGAAGCUAUGAUACCAAAAAAUUAUUAAUUUAUGGAGCAAGGCUUGUCUUUGUCUUUUUGGUACUGCAAUGGUUUAUUCACAAUUUAUUCUUCCCAGCAAUAGCAAAUAAUGUGAGAAAUAGAUGGAUUUGGGAGUCCUUUAAUACAUAUGAGCUAAUCAUAGCAAGCUAUUUUAUACUGAAGUGGAUCUGGCUAAAAUUCACUGUAAUUUGGAGAUUUUUCAGACUUUGGGCACUCUGUGAUGGAAUUGAAAGCCCAGAAAAUAUGGGAAGAUGCAUGUCAAACAACUAUUGUUUUGAAAGCUUUUGGAGAAUGUGGCACCGAGCUUUUAACCAGUGGCUUAUUCGCUAUGUAUUUAUUCCGCUCGGUGGUAGCAAGUACAAAAUCUACAAUAUUUGGGUUGUUUUCGGCUUUGUUGCGCUUUGGCAUGAUUUAAAUUUGAAUUUAUUAGCUUGGGGAUGGGGAAUGUGCUUAUUCAUAAUGCCAGAAGUCAUAGUAAAAAGCUAUUUCCAAAAGGCCAAAUUUAAUGAGUUUAGAAAAACCCUUCAAUAUAGCUGGCUUUGUGCAUUUGGAGGUGGUUUCUAUAUCAUUUUGAUGAUGGCAGCUAACUUGGUUGGAUUUUCUUUUGGAAUUCGCGGAUUGACGAUUGUGCUGGAAGAAGUUUUUACAGAGUCAGGCAUUUAUUUGCUAUUUAAAGUUUUCAUGGUCUUAACACUUGGUGCACAUUUUAUGAUGAUUAUUAGAAGAGAAGAGACAAAAUAUGAAAUAUAUGACUUGGGCCAAUAAAAUAUGGGACUUUUAAGCACUGUUUGCUAUUUAUAAUCCAAAUUAGAAAAUGGACAAGGGCAAAAUACUAUAGAAUUAGUUAGAGAGAAUAAAAAAUAAAGGAUUUUAG